GUGUGUGUAAUAUGUUGUCCUCUCCCAUCAUCAGUACGCUCUGUAUAAGAAGAUGACGCAGGCUGCCAUUUUGAUCCAGAGUAAGUUCCGCAGUUACUACGAGCAGAAGAAGUUCCAGCAGAGUCGCAGAGCGGCGGUUCUCAUUCAGCAGUACUACCGCAGUUAUAAGGAGUACGAACGCAUCAAACAGGGAGGAAGAACUGGUACAGCACUGUCAAACAGGAUGAAAGGAUCGUUCCUGACGAAGAAACAGGAUCAGGCGGCUCGCAAAAUCAUGCGCUUCUUUAGACGCUGCAGACACAGGAUAAAGGAGCUAAAGCAGAGCAAAGAGCUGGAGCGGAGAGGACUGACCACCUGAGCGCCCCCCCCCCCCCACACACACACACACACACACACAGGUUUACAAUCACUGACCCAGGACUUCCUGCAUGACCUCUAAAGGAGUGAAAAUGUUCCUUCCUCCAUCUCCUGCCCUUUAACACUUAAACACUGAACGAACUGGUUUGUUGUCCAUGUUUACGUCCCCUGGGAUUGGACUUUGCCUGCUAGCAUUGUGCGUUAGCAUUGUGCGUUAGCAUUGCGCGUUAGCAUUGUGCGUUCUGCUGCUUGAACCCCUGUUAGACUCCACUUUAUUUUUUACAGUUUCUCGUGUUGCAGCUUGUCGUGUGUGUGUAUGUGUGUGUGUGUGUGUGUGUGUGUGUGUAUAAUUCAUUAAUAAUAAUUCAGUGCUGUGUGUAAACAUGUAGAUUCUACAGAAACAAUGUCCUUCUGCUUUGAGACGUCUCAGCAUGUUUAAAAUGUUUACCUUUUUCAGUGAGAGACAAUUCUGUCACACUGCUGAUUUUCAGUCUUAGACCUUCUCACCUCCCCCCCCCCCCCUCCCAGUCCUCGUCCUCCUCGUCCCCUCAGUGUGGCAGCUUGAAUGAUGAGGACCGACUCAGAUUACCCAGAAGACACUGCUGCACUCCGUCUCUUUUCCCUUCAAUAUGUCAAGACUAAACUUUAGACCCAGAAGCUUCAGGUUUCAGAGCUCCUACAUGGUGUUAAUGUCUGAAGGUCUCAGAUCUUACAGCAUGAAAUCUAACGUCUUAAACAGCACUCGAGUGAUGUAACGUAUCUCAGACGAAACACACAUGAACUUUAACCUUUUGGUGUGGAGACGUUUCACCUGCUGCUGGGUGUUUAGAGCUCAGAUGGUUUGUGGCUGUGAUUUUAGACCUAAUAAUGAAAUCUUACUAUAAACUUCUAUAUAGUGACUUUAAUUUUAGAUCAAAUCUGUACUUAAGAUUAUUUCAAGAGAAAAACAUUUAUAGUGAUGUGUGUGUGUGUGUGUGUGUGUGAGAAACUGCUGAAGGUUUCGAGCUCAACAUUAACAUGACCGGAGCAGAAACAUUCACCCUGACGCUGGACUCCAGGUUCCUCUGCUGUGUGUGGAUCGUUUCUGACCUCGUCGUUCCCUGAGAACCACGUUAUAAUCUUUUAGACUCGUGUUUGAUGUUCAAGUCUCUCUUAGAAUUUCAGCGUCAGGGCCAGAAAACAACACACACACUCAUUUUAUGAAUUUAUUUUGCUUGUGCAGUGCCUUGAAGUCUGUAAUGAGCACACACACACACGGCUUAAAUGAACUGUAUUGUACUUUAUGAAUGUGUGUGUUAUACUUCACCACUGCGUGUGUUAAUAUUAUGCAUUAAUGUGUAAAUAUUGUACAUUCUAAAGAGCUGUUGGUUAUAUAUUAUAUUAUUGUUAUUAUAUUUAACAGGAAUAUAUUUACUUGUUGGAUAUAAAACAUUGUUCACACAUCUGCAUGAUUAUAAUUGCAGUUUUUCAUUGAGAUUCUUGUAGAGAUUUACUUUCAGCACAUGGACAGUGUGUGUUACUGUUAGUGUGUGUGUGUGUGUGUUAGUGUUGAGUUUCUUUAUCAUCGUCACUUCACAUCGUUUUUUACUGGAGAUUUCAUCUUAUUGGUGUUCAGGCUAUUUUGCUAAUAAUGUUGAUUAAAAUGUUUGUCUGAAAA